AUGCAUCUCGCCACGGUCGCGACCUGCAACCUCAACCAAUGGGCGCUGGACUUCACGGGCAACCUGCGCCGCACGCGCGCCUCGAUAGCGGCUGCCGUCUCCCUGGGCGCGCGCUACCGCGUCGGCCCGGAGCUUGAAACGACGGGGUACGGCGCGGAGGACCACUUCCUGGAGCUGGACACGGAGGCCCACUCGUGGCAGGCCGUCGCCGAGCUCAUGUCCGCCGGCGACACCGAGGGCGUCCUGCUGGACGUCGGCGCCCCCGUCCUCCACCGCGGCGUCCUGUACAACUGCCGCCUGCUCCUGCUCGACCGCCGCGUCCUCCUCGUCCGCCCCAAGAUGGACCUCGCCGACCACGCCAACUACAGGGAGGCGCGCUGGUUUAGGGCCUGGCCGAGGGAGAGGCAAGUGGAGCAGUUCCUUUUGCCCGAGUGCGUCAGGGAGAGGUGCGCUGACUUUCAGAUGUUCGCCCCGAUCGGUAACGCAGUCCUGCGCUUUGAGGAUGGCCUCAUGCUCGGCUGCGAGACUUGCGAGGAGCUGUGGACCCCGCGCGCCCCGCAUCUCGAUAUGCAGCUGGACGGUGUCCAUGUCAUCGGCAAUGGAAGCGCCUCGCAUCAUGUCUUGCGCAAGCUCCACGUCAGGGAGAGGCUGUUGGAGAGCGCCACGAGGAAGGGCGGGGGCGUCUAUGUCUAUGCUAAUCAGAUUGGCUGUGACGGCGGGAGGCUCUAUUAUGACGGCUCGGCUCUCAUCGCCCUCAACGGCGACAUUAUUAAGCAAGCUCCGCAGUUCACCGUAGAGAGCGAGGUCCAGGUCAUUGCCGCUACCGUCGACAUUGAUCACGUUCGCAGCUACCGCAUGUCGCUCGCCGCGCGUGCCGAACAGGCCGCGAGGAAUACCAACCGUCCGAAAUUGCAUGUCAUCCAAGUCGAGGGCCCCUUCUCUAUAUGCCUUGCCCACGAAGAAGCCGCCUCAGCUUACCCCACCCCGCCGCUGGAACGCGUCGUGCAUUGCUCCCCGUGGGAGGAAAUCGCUCGCGGGCCCGCUUGCUGGCUGUGGGAUUAUCUACGCCGCUCGGGGCUCAACGGUUUCUUUCUGCCGCUGAGUGGGGGCGCCGACUCCUCGUCGACUGCCGCCAUUGUGGGCAGUAUGUGCCAGAUGCUUGUCAAUGCAGCCGCGGGGACGGACCCUCAACAUGCUUUGCUACAGGAUAUUCGAAACGUUACUGGCGCGGGGGACGACUACAUACCGACUGAUGCGCGCGAGUUGGCGCGCAGAAUUCUGCACACAGUGUAUAUGGGGAGCAAGGAGGCUUCAUCGGCGGAGACCAAGCGACGAGCCGCGGUCGUGGCGGAGCAGAUAGGCGCGUGGCACGCAGACGUCAAUAUUGACGGAAUCGUGCUGGCCAUUCUCGCCGUGUUUCAGCGCGUGUUUGGUGAGGGCAAAUGUCCGCAGUUUAGAGCGCAUGGCGGGACGAAGACGGAAAACAUGGCGCUGCAAUGCGUGCAAGCACGCAUCCGAAUGGUCGUUGCUUACUUGUUUGCACAGCUCACGCUGUGGGCGAGAGGGAGGAGCGGGUCCUUGUUGGUGCUGGGGUCUGCGAAUGUAGACGAGGCCCUGCGAGGAUAUCUGACCAAGUACGACUGCAGUUCGGCGGAUAUUAACCCAAUCGGGGGUAUUUCCAAAGCGGACUUGCGGGCGUUUCUUCGCUGGGCCGCAGACGAGAAGGAAGGACUGGGAUAUUCCUCGCUGGUUGACGUUGUAGAGGCUGCGCCGACGGCGGAGCUGGAGCCGAUCACGAAGGAGUACACGCAGACGGAUGAGGAGGACAUGGGGAUGACCUACGACGAGCUGUCGUGGUUUGGCAAGCUUCGCAAGCUGCAUAGAUGCGGGCCUUUUGCCAUGUACGAGCGGCUGCGAUGCUCGUGGAGAGCGGGCGGGCUGAGCGCGCGCGAGGUGGCGGACAAGGUCAAGUUUUUCUUCAGGAUGUACGCGAUCAACCGCCACAAGCUCACCGUGUUGACGCCAUCGUACCACGCAGAGGAUUACUCGCCCGACGAUAACAGGUUUGACUUGAGGCAGUUUUUGUACAACGCGCGCUGGAGUUGGCAGUUUGAAAGAAUGGAUGAGGAUGUGGCGAGGCGAAGACCGAAGGAUCAGUAG